GCAACCAUCAGUGACGCAGAAGAUGUAAACAAACAGAAGCUAAGCAGCCAUUUCGGUUCCGGAGGAGUUUUUCCUGCUCUUUGGGCGUUGGGGAAUUUUAGCGUCGAAUAAAUUAUUUUUGCUGGGUGUUAAAAGAGACAUGAAGGACCCGACCAUCGGAACCACAUCCACCCCCACCGGUGCCGGAGAGGUCGUCCUCAGCAGCCAGUUCGGUUCCGAGGAGGAUCCGUUUGCGGAGUACAUGUGGAUGGAGAACGAGGAGGAGUUCAACAGACAGGUGGAGGAGGAGCUGUGGGAGGAGGAGUUUAUGGAGCGCUGCUUCCAGCAGAUGCUGGAUGAGGAAGAGCAGUGGGAGUGGUUCAUCCCGUCCAGAGACCUCCCCCCCGGCGGCGUGGCUCAGCUGCAGGACCAGAUCAGCCUGCUGGUUCUGGACCCGGACGUUCGCCCCGACGCCUCCGACCUGGAAGUGGUGGUGAGGAGCAGCCUGAAUCCAAACGCCAAGGAGUUCACUCCAGGGAUCCAGAAACACAACCUGUGACCCUUAGCCCCG